CUCCUGCGCGGAAGCCGGGAAACUGUAGCGGCUGCAAAACUCCAGGAAUCGGAAUGGCCGUCUUGCUACAGGCUGACUGUGCCCGUCGGCUGGUGGCCGAGCUUCAGGGCGCCCUGGACGCCUGCGCAGAGCGACAGCGGCAGGUGGAGCAGAGCUUGCGCGUCUCCCGGCGGCUGCUGCAGGCCUGGGAACCAGCUGGGACCACAGCUCUGGAGCCACCUCCUGGGUCAGAAACUAAAAAAGACCCUUCUCCAGCAUGCACACCAAACCCCCAAGACAUCAAGGAGCUGGAGCUUCUGACACAGGCACUGGAGAAGGCAAUACGGGUGCGGAAAGGCAUCUCUAAGACUGGAGAAAGAGGCAGAACCCCCAGCCUGAAACCUGGGUCCACUGCUUUGUCUCCUGGCACCACUGCCUCUGCCUCACCCCAGUCCUCAAGCCGGACUGGCCACUGUUCUUCAAGGACAAGACCCACCAAGGGCAUCCUUCAGACUAAGGUGCCUGCCAAGCACCACCCAGAGCACAGGCUUCCGUUGGCGGGAAACAGGUCUCCUGUGGGGAUAGGAGCCCAAGCCACCAGGCUUGAGCCGAAUCACAGGGAACAAAUGACCCUGUCAGCUGCUCCUCAUGCAGCAGAAACCUUCACACUCAAGGAGAAGGGGACCCUGCUGCAGCUGCCCAUGGCCUUCAGGAAGGUGGCUUCCCGGAAUUCCUGGUUUAAGGAGCAGCCCCAGGAAGUUCCUUUGUGGAAUGGCAAUGGGCUUUCUUCAGACCCCAUUUGUGGUGGGAGCGUGGGGCCUGGCCAUAGGAGAGUUUCCCUGACCCACGUCCAGUCGAGCAUAUCCAGCUCCAGGUUCAGUGCCGUGGAGGUAGAGAUGGAGGCCCAAUGCCUGCAGAAAGCCUGUGCGCUGCUUAGACUACGCAUGCAAGAAGAGCUCUCAGCAGCCCCUGAAGACUGGAUGCAGGAAUACCGAUGCCUGCUCACCCUGGAGGGGCUGCAGGCCAUGGCUGGGCAGUGUCUCCAUAAGGUGCAGGAACUGUGUACAGGGAUUGAAUCCAGUACCUUUUGCCUGCGAGCUCUGACAGAACAGUUGCCAGGACCUUGUCUCAUGGGGAGGCCUCUCAAGGCCUCCUUGCCCUGUGGAGAUCGUGUAUGCACUUCCUGGGGCCCUCAGCUCCUCCUCUACUCCAGCACCCAAGAGCUACAGACCCUGGCAACCCUCAGGCUUCGGGUGGCCAUGCUGGAGCAGCAGGUCCACCUGGAAAAGGUCCUGAUGGCUGAACUCCUCCCCAUGGUGAGCACCCAGGAGCCCCAGGGCCAGCCCUGGCUGGCACUGUGCCGAGCUGCCUAUAGCCUGCUCUGCGAGGGAGGGGAGCGCUUCCUCACAAUCCUGCAAGAAGACCCUGCUGACUGAAACUACAACCCAGGUCUUGGCAUCCUGGGGCAAGGAAGCCUUUCAGAGAGUCCCCUUCUGGCUGGAGUAAAGUGAACUGGGAUUGAGGAGAAUUUCCCUGGUUUGGAUACAAGGACCUGGUAUAGAUCCAGGGACUUGUACCUCACUGUGUGUGUACCUCACUGGGCUGCCCUACCUGUUCAGGGCUCAGCUUUCUGCCUUCCUGGGGCCCAGUAGCCCAGAUGCAGGGGGUGAGGGGGGUGUUGUUUUUGUCUUCUUACUAUAUAUCUAAGAACUGGUUGUACAUUAAAACUACUACUUUAGGAAGCAUAUCUUUUAAAAUCAUACCAAAGUA